AAGGCUAUAAACUAAGAAAUAAAAACUUGUCCAUUCCAACAUACAUUAUAAAUUUAUAAUGGCCAAUUCUCUGAGUUUUUCUGUUGUCCUCAUUUUCCUAGUUUUUUCCAUCAUUUCUUUUGAUGUCUCCAAGGCUGGUGGUGAAGGUUCACUAACAAUAGAUCAAUGUCCCGGUGCAUGUGCUUAUCGAUGUUCAAAUACACAAUAUCGAAAUGCAUGUUUAGAGUUUUGCAACAAAUGUUGUGACAAAUGUUUAUGUGUUCCAUCGGGAACGUAUGGGCAUAAGGAAGAAUGUCCAUGCUAUAACAAUUGGAAAACCAAAGAAGGCGGUCCCAAAUGUCCUUGAAUCACUUAUGUAAUUUUCAUAGCAUUGCUCUAUUACAUCAGUAUCAAUUCAAAAACUUAAUGAUUUCAAGUGUGCUAU